AUGGAUGUCCGCAUAGAUGACAGCCACCAGGUUCUUAAGGACAAUUAUCAGCAUAUGACUGAAUUCCAUGAACUUUCGUCAAGGUUAUACUUAUUCGAGCAUGACUUGAAUCAUAAUGACUCCACCACAAACAGCCAUAUUUACAGUCAUUUGUGCCUCGAGUUUGACUACUUGCGGGAGAAGUAUGCGACCACCGCUACCACUUCUUGGUCGAGCAGCAGAGACAGCCCCAACCUGAUCCAUAACCCUAAGAAUCCCCCUGAUGAGGAGCUCCACCUGGGCCUUCAUUCUCUUCACCAUGACUCAACCGCUGACAGUAUCCAUCACGGUGUCAACUCUUCAUCUGACACCCUUGACAACCUCAUGGAUGUGACGUUUCCGCAGAGUAACGAUACCACCCCGGAGCUCGAAUUGCAUGAUUUUGACAUGGACAAGCCAGAAGACAUCAAUGUCAAUCCGUUCGACAGUAAGGGAAGUGUUUUCCUCAGCACUAUCGACUGUGAUUUCAACGACAACGAAUCGACUCUUUCUGAUGCUCCAGAAAUGGACUUUGAGAACUUUGACAGUUUCUUAAGGAGAUCCCGCGUAAACUUGAGCCAGGACAGCUACCCAUACGUGGUAAGGAAGUCGGUCAGCGAUGCUAGCAUCAACAUGACGUCUGUUGACCCGAACAUCCCCUCGGUACACGCAAUGGAUGGAAAUGCUGAUGUUUCUAACGAUUCACCCAGUAAAAAGAAGGUCUCGAGCUUCAAAUUCCACAACCCCAUAGACAAUAUCAAGCAGUCGCAUGAGUGUUUGUCGCCCACAGUCGAGGCCAUCUACUCAAUCCCGUCGAGUAAAUCUCAUGACGGAGAAAGGUCCAACUAUGAAUCUUUGUUGAACAAGUUCAUUACCCCAGAGACCACCCCCAAAAAGGAUUCCGAUUCGUCCUUCUCCCUCUUCAACUUCAUUAAUUCACCAUCGGCAACACGCAAACACAGCAAUUCUGAGCAACCACAAAACCAAAGAAACUCGAUAAUUGGCAGCUCAUUGUCCGAGACUUUCCUCCAGUUGAUGCAAACUGAGUCCCUGGUUCAGUUGGUUGGAAAGAAGACAAAUACCCCCAUUCUCGUUCAACAGAAACUUGGUGAUGGCAACUCUUGUGGCUCAAACUCUAGAAGGCGAAAACGUGAGAAACUUGAGGAGUUGAAGUCGGCUCCAAAAACCAAACCUAUAACCAUUCAAAAUGAGACCAAUCUAAAAAGAUACCCACCUGCAUUCACGAGCAACUCGUCUUCAUCGAGUCUCGUCUUGAACUCCAACAAGUCGUUCAUUGUCAAUCAUGGCAAUAUGUCUAUUUUCAAGAAACCCGUGGUGUCUAGCUUCAGUCAUCGAUCUUUACAAGAGGCAUUAACUUCCAAUUUGAUAUGACAAUAACUCCUGUUUAACUCAGGUUCACUACUAGAAGGACAUAGUGUUCACCUAUGCCUGGUUUUCCAACUCAGGUUCAUGUUCACACCUUAAUCUUAUUAGGACAAUGUCUGGUUUCUCUAACUCAGACUUUCCUAUGCUUUUAUGUAUUAAGUAACCUGGUAUGCUAAUAAACUAAUGCUUUAAUUUACGAAAACUUUGCAACUUGUUCAACUUUGGCAGCUUCUUCUUCUUCGACAUAAAUGUAAUCGAUGCUUUGGAUCCACUGACCGUCUUAUACUGCUUGGAAAUGGUGACUCCACUGAAGGAGCUCACAGUACUCGAUGUGGUUGAUCUGAAAGAUUUCAUCAUUGACGGUUUUCUCUUGGGUAACAAAUCCUCAUCAGAAAAGUCGAUGUUAUCUUCCUCUUCAUUGUCUUGAUCAUUGUCGGUCUCGAUCUCGACUUCUCUGAUUGAUCUCUUUCUCAAAUUAUUGAACGAUUUGGUUUUCAAAGAGUUCAUAUCUUCGUCUUCAUCAGAAUUGACAUCAUGUUGGAAGUCAGACCUCCGUUGUUCGAUUUCAUAC